CUCAUCCCCAGGGUGGGUACCCCUUCCGUGGGGCUAGCAUCACCAAACCCCCACAUCCCCUGGAUCUCUUGGAGGGGGGGUGUCUGGCCGCAUGGGACCCCCGGGUGGUCCCUGCCGUGGGCUGUCCCCACGCGGGGCUGUCCCGCAGCCCGCGCUCUCCCGGCGCUGGCCCCCGCGGUGCCGGAUCCUUGGCCCCUCGGCAGGAAUGUGCCGGGGGGGCCGUCCCCCCUCCCGCCGGGGCUCUCCUUCCUCUUUCGCAGCUUAUUUAAAGGCGGAGGCGGCGGGACCCGGGAGCGGCCGGGCCCAUGGAGCGCCUGGGGGUGACAGAGACCUUCGCGGGGGUGUCCCUGCCCGGGCACCUCCACACCCAGGAGUCCCUCGCCUUCGCUGCCACCUUCCACUUCAGCCCCACCGACGUGCUCAUCGCCACCUACCCCAAAUCGGCCGUGGGGACAUCCUUCCGGCCAAGACCAUCCCCAACUGGGAGCGGGCCCCCUGGCUGGAGCAGAUCUACAGCCGGGACGCCCUGCCUGAGCCCGCUGCCCACCGCCUCAUCACCACCCAUCUGCCUGCCCACGUCCUGGCCCCCGCCCUGCGCCGGGCCAAGGCCAAGGUGAUCUACGUGGCCAGGAACCCCAAGGACGUCGCCGUCUCCUUCUACCACUUCCACCGCUUGGCCAAGUUCCUGCCUGACCCCAGUUCCUUUGACUCCUUCCUGACGCAGUUUCUUGAGGGCACUGUGCAGUAUGGCUCCUGGUUUGACCACGUCAAGGGCUGGCUGGGCCAGCGGCAGCUCCUGGACAUCUUCUAUGUCACCUACGAGGAGCUGCACCAGGACCUGUGUGGCACAGCGCAGCGGAUCGGAACCUUCCUGGGCUGCCCGCUGGGUCCGGAGACACUGAGAGCCCUGGGGGAGCACUGCAGCUUCGCCUCCAUGAGGGACAACUCCAUGACCAACUACACCCUCAUCCCCCCCGAAAUCAUGGACCACAGCCAGGGCCGCUUCAUGAGGAAAGGCGUGGUGGGGGAUUGGCGGGACCACUUCACCCCCCAGCAAAACGCCCUCUUCAACCGCCGCUACCAGGAGGAGAUGGGGGAGCUGGAGCUGCCCGCCCGCUGGCCCAUGGCAUGAGCCACGCCACAAGAGGAGUGGACCCCCCCACGGCCACUGAGCCCCACCGUGGGGGGGGGUCACUGCAGGGACACCCCCUCAGCACCCUCCAUAACUUAUAAACCCCUCACACAUCACCCCAGGGGGACACGUUGGCUGCCACCACUGUCACCACGACACCUCCCACGGGGACUGUUGCAGCCAGGCACGGCAGCUCCCCCCACAGCCCUCCUCCCCUCUGGGGCUGGGGUGUGUGGCCAUGACCCCUUUUCCUCCUCACGGAAAUAAAUAUUUAUUGCAG